ACGGAACGGAAACCGCCCUUUAAUCAUUACGUCUAAGCCACUUUGUCCUGAGAAAAUUGUUGAAAUCUCAUUACUACCCUCGGCACAUUGCUAGUUUUCCGUUAUUUGGUGGGAGACGAGAGGACAGAACGGUCAGUUAACGGACUAAAACAGAAUCUGAAGCUUCGUGGUCAGAAGACGAGUGAGGGCAUAGGUGUCAAUAAGUAUGACUAACCGGCGGGUAAAUACGACGAUGUGCUUCUCUCUUGCACGCCCGUUUCAGUAGUCCGACGGUCACCCUCAAAUAAACCGUACCCCGCUCCACCUUUUCUCCCUGGCUUCGUCUCCCCUUUUGGUUUCUGAUCCCCUCUCUCGCUCGCUCGCUCUCAUAAACCCUGAUUCGGAGCGAUGGAGACACCUGAGUACUUCCACGGCGGCUUCUACCGCGGCGGGAACCCGCAGUGCGGGCCGGAGAAAAAGGCCGGCGGCUGUGGCGGAGGUGGGGAGGACCAGUUCUCCCUGGAGGACCUGCUCGACUUCUCCAACGAGGAGGAGGACGAGACGGGAGGUACGCUCGCCGCCGCCGGGAACUCGACCGACUCCUCCACCGUGACCGCCGUGGAUAGCUGCAGCAACUCCUUCUCCGGCCUCGAGCCGCAUUUCUCCAACGACCUCGUCGGCCGGAGCCUCGCCGAUGCCAGCCGUUCCGGCGACCUGUGCGAGCCGGAAGAAGGAAGAAAGCGAGAUGAAACGUCCUCACAGUAUAUUAGUAGUUACACUCGAGAACACAAAUCUGUACCGGAAAUGGAAAAUUGUGUGGAAGCCAGAGGCUUGUCGAAAGAAUCGAUUUUUAAUGUUUUUGUUGGGCAUUUUUGGAUGCAGCAGUACGAAGAGCUGGCGGAGUUGGAAUGGCUUUCUAAUUUCGUGGAGGAAUCCUUCUCCAGCGAAGACCUCCACAAGCUUCACCCCAUCUCCGGCGUUAGUUCCACCACCACCGGCUCCUCCUCUACGACCACCGCCGCGGCAGCUGCCCGAACUGAGGUCUCCGCUCACACCCAGGUCGCCGCCGGUGGCCGCGUCAACCACGUGGCCCCCUUCCGUCCCGAGGCGAUCGUCCCCGGCAAGGCGCGGAGCAAGCGCUCCCGCGCCGCACCCUGCAGCUGGUCCUCCCGGCUGCUUGUGCUCUCCCCAUCCCUGGCGACCGCCUCGUCGCCGGAGUCGGAGCUCAUCGUGCCCGCCAGCGCCGCCGCGGCCUCCGCUGGCGGCGGAGGAAAGAAGGCGGUGAAGCCGGCGUCGAAGAAGAAGGACCUGACGGCAGGCACCGCCGUAGCGGCGGGGAACGGGCGCAAGUGCCUGCACUGCCAGACUGACAAGACGCCGCAAUGGCGGACGGGACCAUUGGGCCCCAAGACGCUGUGCAACGCCUGCGGCGUCCGCUAUAAGUCCGGCCGCCUCGUACCGGAGUACCGCCCGGCCGCCAGCCCCACCUUCGUGGUCUCCAAACACUCCAACUCCCACCGGAAGGUGCUCGAGCUCCGCCGCCAGAAAGAGCUCCAGCAGCAACAACUCUUCCACGCCGGCGGCGUCGCCUCCUUCUACGACGGACCCAUGCCGGUGGCCGCCGCCGCCGCCGACGACGACGACUUCUUGAUCCACGGCCCCGACUUCCGGCAUCUCAUCUAAUGGUGUAAUCUUAGGAGGGACCGAUCGCGUCGAGGGGCCAAACAACAAAAAAAGCUCUCGCAGCUCUCGUAGAAAUUAAUUUAGAAGGAUUUAGGCUAUUUUUCAUGCUUUUUCCUCUUUAGCAUCUCUUCAAUGUCCUCCAUUUUUUCCUAAUCAGCUCCUUUUACUAGAAAUUAAUCUUAGGACAAAUUGAGUUGUAGCUCGAACAUUUCUUCAUUCCACACAAAAAGAAAUCAAGAAAUGAGACAACUUGCAAGUCUUUCACUUCAA